UACAGUAAAGGUGUUACACUGAAACACGUCAUUGAACACCAGAUCAGUUCUUCAAAAUCCUCACAGAUGCGCGUUAUCGAUCACUGGACUCGUCAUUUGGGGAAUAUGCCUGAUUCGAAAGCGAGAGCAACAUGUGUGUGCAGCACACGGACGACACAGGGGCUCCUCCACUGAAACACACCCCCGUCAGACGCCAGCAUGCAGCAGUCGAGGUGUUUCCAGCAUCCGCCCGCGGGCCUGAGUCGGGACACACACGACCUGCAGACCAAGGUGGACUUCUUCCGUAAGCUGGGCUACUCUCCGGAGGAGGUGAAGGCCGCGCUGAGGAAGCUGGGACUGGGGACGGACACCAACGCUGUGCUGGGUGAACUGGUGCGGUCCGGGGCGAAGACCGUGCCCUCCUCCAGCUCCGACAGUGAUGAUGGCUUGCCCCAGUGGGGGGGGAGCUCAUCCCGGGGUCAGGGGUCAACGCCGGAGGACAACAGUGAGCCUGAAAGUGACCUGAAGCCGAUAGUCAUCGAUGGCAGUAAUGUGGCCAUGAGUCAUGGGAACAAGGAAGUGUUCUCAUGCCGAGGGAUUGAGCUGGCAGUUAACUACUUCCUUGACCGAGGACACAGAAAUAUCACUGUGUUUGUGCCUUCCUGGAGAAAAGAGCAGCCCAGGCCUGAUGUACCUAUUUCAGAUCAGCAUAUUUUGGAAGAGCUGGAAAGGAAGAAGUUUCUCGUGUUUACACCUUCACGGAGGAUUGGAGGAAAGCGUGUGGUCUGCUAUGACGAUCGCUUUAUUAUCAAGUUAGCUCAUGACCUGGAUGGCAUCAUAGUGUCCAACGACACGUAUCGUGACCUGCAAAGUGAGCGUCCGGAGUGGAAGCGUUGCAUUGAGGAGAGAUUGCUUAUGUACUCCUUUGUAAAUGACAAGUUCAUGCCGCCUGAUGACCCACUCGGCCGUCACGGACCCAACUUGGAUAAUUUUCUUCGGAAAAAAACGUUGUUGCUUGACCACAAGCGCCAACUCUGUCCAUAUGGAAAAAAGUGCACAUAUGGGAUCAAGUGCAAGUUCUACCACCCAGAGCGCACUAACCAGUCACAGCGCUCUCUAGCCGACGAGCUUCGAGAGAAUGCCAGACUGUCUGGAUCUAAAGAGGACAGCAGAAUAAAUGGGAGAGGCAUGCACCCAAGAAAUGACCCCAGGUUUGAGUCCAGUUCUCCCUCCUUGGAGCAAGAACUUGAACAGAAGCUCAGAUUGGAGCCCAAGAGCUCUGACAGCAGGGGUGUCAUGCUCAAUAACUGGGAUGAUAUUUUGUCCAUGAAAAAGCCUUUAAACAGAGCCCCAGUGGGACAGCACAGUUCUCUGGUUGACAGAACCAGUCUGCAAACACCUUUCCCAACAAACCCUUCGUCCAUUUUCAGCUCAGACUCUGGGCUUGGAUCCUAUGAAAGCCUGUUUUCAGAACUAUCCCAGAGCAUUGACGACUCGCAUAGGAUGAGAUCAAGUCAUCCACCGUUGUCUGGUAUCCCUACCACACCUGCAAGCGGCCAGCGCUACUACGACAACAUGAGCCCUUACUCCAACUUUCAUCCCAACUAUAGUGCCUACAGCUCCCUACCUCUUGCCAACCCUGUCCAGAGUUACAGUCUUCCAGCUUAUGCGGGCUGGUCUUACCCUCUCUACUUACCACAGGCGAGCAGUUUGCCCGAACCUUUACCCUGCCCUAGCUCUCACAGGUCUUCCAAUGACUACGGAAGCCAGCAGCACUCAGGCAUGCCACAGCCCAGCGCUUUCCAGGAAGAAAGAGAGGAGGUUAGGAAGAAGCUUCAUGCAAUUUUUAACCCACAUCAUGUAAACAAAGUUAUGGAAAUAUUCCCACAGCUGAAUGACGCACAACAGCUGGCUGCAGAGAUUCUUAAACUCAAGUCCAGGGGAGACUUUUGAUUUCUUUGAAACUUUGGGACCACGAAAAGGGCAAUGCAUGAAUAGUCUCUCAAAAUAAUUAAUCAUGUCAGAGCCGAUAACUUCACGGGAAGUGCUCCGACAUGUAGAUCUUCGGCUACCCAAGUUUGAGUCCAGACUGUCUUUCACCUUUCCCGAUCCUGUCCCCAUUUCUAUCCCACUUGCUGUCAGUUCUCUGUACCAGGGUUGUCCAAACUCGGUCCUGGAGGUCCACUGUCCUGCAGAGUUUAGCUCCAAAUUGCUACAACACACCUACCUGGAAGUUUCUAGAAUGCCUAGUAAGACCAUGAUUAGCUUGUUCAGGUCUGUUUAAUUGGAGUUGUAGCUAAACUGAAGGGCAGCAGGUUCCCAGGAGUAUGGGUUUAAGUCUUCUUUCUUAAAAGGGACAACUGUGUACCAUGUUACCCCUAGCUCAGUGGCCCUCCAUGAGCAGGAUUGGACACCCCUGUUCUAUACUAUCCUAUCUCAUUAAAGGAAAAAUGGCAAAAAAAUAAAGAACACCCUGCCCUUAAGUAGGUCUUACUCUCAGAAAAGAAAAUGCCCAAAAUGUUUACCUUUAUGAGUACAACAGCUUGUCUCCGGGGCAAUACCCUUAAAGCAGAGGCCUAGGGGGCAGUCGUGGCCUAAUGGUUAGAUAGUCAGACUGAUAACCCAAAGGUUGUGGGUUUAAUUCUUAAUACUUGCAGGAAAUUGCUUGGGUACCCUUGAGUAAGGCAAUAACCCCAAAUCGCUUUCCGGGCACCACCGCAAAAAAGGCUGCCCACUGCUCCUGGUGUGUGUGUCUAUGGUUAACGGAGUGCAAACUCAGAGUACGGGUUACCAUACUUGGCCUUCGCAUGUCUUCAAUCCUGCACCUGGGGGCUUCAAUGCUUUAUUUCCAACCUGCUUCAGCACACCUUCCUGUCUAUUUACAAGUGAUCCUGAAGAGCUUGAUUAGCUGGUUGAUUAGGGUUGGAACUAAACUCUGCUGGAGAGCAGGUCCCCAGGAGCAGGGUUGAAGACCUCUGCCUUAAAGGGACAACUGUGUUCCGUGUUACCCCUAAAAGUUCAUUGUGUUACUUUAAGGGUACAUGUUACUACCCUAGCAUACUAAUAUGUACCAUUUGGGUGUAGAUAAGGUGUGAUAGUGUAGCUUUUCUGUUUUUUGAAGGUUUCUGACUGGGGCUCUUUAAAGUCUCAGAAACCCAAUUGACUUAUCACAUAGUACAUGUGGUAACUACGUAUGACUACAAAGUCAAAUGUGUGUCUAGUUGUUUUUAAAGAGGUUGAUGCACAUUGCAUCAAUUGUUGCUCCCAACGUGCAGCAAACUGUACCUUGUCACAAAUGCUGCAGGUUUGGUUUGGACAGAAGCUGAAAUGUAAUUUGAGCAUUCUGUAAAGUUAGUUGUAUGUUAUUACAUUCAUUAAGGGCAAGCCUUGUUUUCAAUGUUCAGAGUAAUUUUGUUCUUAAGUCUGCACCUAAUCGUUCAUUCAAUUCUACUCCAUCACAGAAUCACUUUAAAUGGCAAUAGAUGUGAUGUAUCCUUGUCUCCUGCAGACGUUUUAUCGUACUUGUGUUUCAGUUGCUGAUAAGUUUUUAUAUAGUACUCCAGUUGAAGCACUACAAUUGGACUGGAUUGCAUUUUCUGAAUCUUGCCACAGCACUGGACAUCAUAUUUAAUUGUGCUUUAAUGUUACAUGUUUUUUAUCAAUCUGGUUCAGUUAUGUAAUGUUGAGCUUGUGGAUUAUGACAAUUUGAAUGUAUAAAGGACAUCUCACAUAUUUCCUGCUAUGCAAAAUUGACUUCAUUCAUCUCAAUGUUCAAACAUCUGCUCCUAAACAAGAGAAUAGUGAAUUAUUUGCACUAAUCGGUCCUGAUUUACGUUUAUAUGUGUGUCAAAAGAUGUUAAAGCCUUGACAUAAAAACAUAUCAGAAAAAAAUUAGGCUUUAGAUGUAUCAAUUCAACAUAAUGACGACAUCAUUAUUAUUAUUAUUAUAAUUAUACUGAUGUUUUAUCCACUGUUGUCGAAUUAGCAUAUAGUUAUUUGUGUAAUUUGUAUCACAUUUGCGUCUUUGACAUGCUAGUAUCUAUUUUUACUGUCAGUGUGCAUGAGUUUGUCCAGUUUCAUGUUUUCAGAGGAGACAGUCUAAUCUUAGCAUCUGUUUGCAAAGAUGUCCCAUCAACAUUAGCUUGGGUGCAUUAUGUUGUUGUCAUUCUGUUUAAUGUUUCAGUUCUAAAAAUAUCAUACUCGGCUGUAACAGCUUGUCACGUUUAGUUCAAGGUAUCCAAGUAGCAACGUGCAACAUGAUUAUUAUCUGCCAGUGCCUUAUAAUCAUUAAUGUGAACAGGAAUUAAGUUCUCAGAAUUGCAUUGGCAAAUGCAAUAAAUAAAGAUGUACUUCCUGCUCCUUGUCCCUUCAACAUUCAUUCAAAUAAAAUGAUAAAUGUGUA